AUGGCUUUCUCAGCAGUCAUCUAUGGUUUAUUAGUGUCAUUAAGGCAAAUGCAAGUUACAACAGAAGAAGAACGUUUGUUUAAAGAAUGCAAUGAAUAUCGUGAGAAGGUGGAUGCGCUACAACGACGGAUCCGUGAUUUAGAGGAAGCCAACAACGUGAUGGAAGAAAAGAAUCAACGUAUACAAACUGAACGACUAGAGGCCAGUAAAUUGAUCCAACAGAACCAAGCAUUGUUAAGCGAAAAAUUAGAGCGGAUCAAAAGCUUAGAAGAUUUACAGCAAAAACUCUUAAACGGAGCAAAGGAGAGUCAGGAACGCUAUGAGAGAGAUAAAGCUGCAAUGACUUUGAAGCAUCAGAGUGUGUCAGGUCCUUGCCUCUAUCAGGUAUACUGUGCGUGUCUCAAAAACCGAAAUGAAAAGUUCCAAGAAAUUCAAGAUGAAUCUAUUCGGGCGCAACGUAAUUUGACAAUGGCAGUCUAUAAUCGUUUUCUGGAUGAACUUGCACAGUAUGCACCGGAAGCACAAGAAAUUACACAGUCACAUGGUGAAAGCAAAAAACCUGCCAAUGAUACAAGUGGAGUAUGCACCAUCAGCUGA